CCUCCCGCCUGGGAAAGUGGGUUACCGGGAGUAGGCGCUCGGCUCCGGCGCUGGCAGAGGAGCAUCCAGCCACAGAGAGACCAGGGAAGCACCGCAGCAUUUGGCAGUCUUCUCUGCAUCUUUUAAAGAGGGGUUUCUGUUCCUGCAGUCCUUUUACAAAUUUUGUUCCUUCGACUUUCUCCCUCACCCCCGCCUGGGUUUUUAGGAAGGCUUUGUUAAGUGUUAGAGGGAAAAGAGACCGAGCGAGGGAAAGAGGCUAAGUGGGAAGGACCACAAACUGGAACACCGCGCCCGGGUUCCUAGAGCCCUCUCUCCGCGGAGCAGCGCGCCCUCCGGAGCCCAGCGCAGACAGACCUCGGCGUGGCCACCAUGGUCGGGCGAGUGCAGCCGGAUCGGAAACAGUUGCCCCUGGUCCUACUGAGAUUGCUCUGCCUUCUCCCCACAGGACUGCCCGUUCGCAGCGUGGAUUUUAACCGAGGCACGGACAACAUCACCGUGAGGCAGGGGGACACGGCCAUCCUCAGAUGUGUUGUAGAAGACAAGAACUCAAAGGUGGCCUGGUUGAACCGUUCUGGCAUCAUUUUCGCUGGACAUGACAAGUGGUCUCUGGAUCCCCGGGUUGAGCUGGAGAAACGCCAUUCUCUGGAAUACAGCCUCCGAAUCCAGAAAGUGGAUGUCUAUGAUGAGGGUUCCUACACAUGCUCCGUUCAGACACAGCAUGAGCCCAAGACCUCCCAAGUUUACUUGAUCGUUCAAGUUCCACCAAAGAUCUCCAACAUCUCCUCAGAUGUCACUGUGAAUGAGGGCAGCAAUGUCACCCUGGUCUGCAUGGCCAAUGGCCGCCCUGAACCUGUCAUUACCUGGAGACACCUUACACCAACCGGCAGAGAAGUUGAAGGAGAAGAAGAAUAUCUGGAAAUCCUUGGCAUCACCAGGGAGCAGUCAGGCAAAUAUGAGUGCAAAGCAGCCAAUGAGGUCUCCUCGGCCGACGUCAAACAAGUCAAGGUCACUGUGAACUAUCCUCCCACUAUCACGGAGUCCAAGAGCAAUGAAGCCACCACAGGGCGACAAGCUUCACUCAAAUGUGAGGCCUCGGCAGUGCCUGCACCUGACUUUGAGUGGUACCGGGAUGACACCAGGAUAAACAGUGCUCAUGGCCUUGAGAUUAAGAGCACGGAGGGACAGUCCUCCCUGACGGUGACCAAUGUCACUGAGGAGCACUAUGGCAACUAUACCUGCGUGGCUGCCAACAAGCUGGGGGUCACCAAUGCCAGCCUAGUCCUUUUCAAACGUGUUUUACCCACAAUCCCCCACCCCAUUCAAGAAAUUGGUACCACCGUCCACUUCAAACAAAAAGGACCUGGGUCGGUGAGAGGAAUAAACGGAUCCAUCAGUCUGGCCGUACCACUGUGGCUGCUGGCAGCAUCUCUGCUUUGCCUUCUCAGCAAAUGUUAAUAGGAUAAAAAUUUAAAAGUAAUUUAAAAAACACACAAAAAUGUGUCACACUGGAUACAGAGAGAGAGAGAGAGAGAGAGAGAGAGAGUGUGCAAGAUGGGGGAGACUGUUUAUUUCACAACUUUGUGUGUUUAUAAAUGAAGGAGGAAAUAUGAAAAUGCAGAAAAUCCAACAUUUAAAACGAUUUUACUGUCCAUCAAUAAAAAAUUGAGCAUAAUUCAUGGUGGGAAAUGAAAUGUUCUACCACGCUAUGUAUAUAUCUACUAAGCAAAUGAAUGCUGUGUAAAGACUGCUUCAUGCUAAGGACACCUGGAUUUUGUAAAAAUAAGAUAAAACUACAUGGAAUUAACCCCCCCACACCCACCCACACACAAUUUAUCCUUCCUCCUUCAUCUGUUUCCAUCUGUGGGGAAAAAUAUAAGGUCUUGCCUUUAGUGUUUAUAUUUCCAUAAUCUCUAUUCUGUUCUCAUUUGAGCUGACUUGUAGCCAUUUCUGACUAUCAAUGGGAUCUUGUGUUGAGCCUUUACCAGACUACCCUGCCUCCACUCUCUCCAACUUUUGAGAUCACCCCCUCUACUUCCAGUGUGUUCUAUCUUCCCACACCCAAGCUAAAGAUUUCCUUUUCUCCAGCCACCCCACCUCUCUUCACCCCACCACCCUCCAGAGCACUUGUCAUGCCGCAGAUGCUAGGAAGUGCCAUUUUAAUUUUCUUCCACUGUGCGUGUGUGCUCAAGUCUCUCGCUCUCACAUGAGUGUACAUGUGUGUGAGUGUGUGUGUCUCUCUCUAAAGCAUGCCAAGGGAAUGGUCCAUGUGUACAUAGACUCAUUGUGCUGUAGAUACCGUCCUGCAUUGUAAUUGUGAAAUGCGGCUGUAACGACUUGCUGGGGGAGAUGGCGGGGAGGGAGGUAAGGAGCAGAGUCCCUCCUCCAUUCAUGGCUGUCACACGACAUCAAUGUGUAUUCAAACCAGGCUGUCCCCUCUUCCAAGGGCAGGACCCCAUAUUACUCCUAGUCCCAUCUUCAGAACACAAUCAGGAGUCACUCAAAAUACCACUGUCAAUGAAAGUGCCUACUACUGAUGGGAUGAGCAAAAAGUGGAACAGAUCAGUGACAUGGAUGAAAUUACCUAGGAAAGCAGGUUUCAGAUUUCACUCUUAUUUCAUGAGUCUGAUGGAUUCAUACAUUUCCUGACUUUUUACAGGCUUGGGUCUUGCUUCACUGCAAAAGCAAACCGCAUGUACUGAACAAGAACCCAGAAACAGGAGCGUUCAAGUGUUAACUCCAUGAACAGAAUGAUGAGGCACAUGGAGAUACUAAGAAACCCUGUUUUGCCUUCUCCCUGAUCUUCAAAUAACACUGCAUUUGCCCCAUAGAUUUCCGUAAGCAGAGAUUGUUUCACCUUUAGGACAAAAUACAGUGAGCGUGAGCAAGACAGGAAAAGUAGACAGAUGCCCAAGUCCUUCCCACAUUCUGCAGAUACUGCUAGAGCUAUAAUAUGAAGCACUGAUCACAAAGAAAAGGAAUGCACUUGUGCCCCUUUGCAGAUUUUUUCCCUGGUGUUCUAGCUAAUCCUGCAUUUGACUGCAUACAUGGCCCCUCUCUCUGUGCCACUGAUGAUGUCUGCACCACCACUGUUCAUGGGGUCCAUCAGUAUCCUAGGCCAGGCCACUCAGAAUUACAUUACAGUCAUAUCACAUCUUUUGCUCUUUUUAAAUUUGCAUCUCUAUGCAUCAUCUUGACAUUAACACAGAAAUCUAAGCUAACUCCUUAACCAAGAGAUCUGAGCCACUUGUAAUUAAUUUAGGCAGAAGUUAUAUGAGAACCACAAAA